AUCAAAUUUUGUUAUUAAUUUUGUGAAAUAACUUAUUAUCAAAAGUGAUUGGAAACGAAUUUGUGUAAUAUACCCUAUAAACAAAUUAAAAACAUCAAAAGAACAUUUUCUAAAAAGAUAUUUUAUUUUAAUUUAGUUCUCACAUAAUCAGACAGAACCCAUAAGCUUGCUGAAUAUACGAGAAAAAAAGAAGAAGCGAAAAAAGAGUCCUAAUUGCAACAACGUUGUUAGUGAAGAAGAGGAAGCAGAACACAUCAUUCCAAAAUGGGUUCUCUGUUUCGCAGUGAGGAAAUGACGCUUUGUCAGUUAUUUCUGCAAAGUGAAGCGGCCUAUGCCUGUGUCUCAGAAUUGGGUGAAUUGGGAUUAGUUCAGUUUAGAGAUCUAAAUCCUGAUGUAAAUGCUUUCCAACGUAAGUUUGUCAACGAGGUAAGGCGUUGCGAUGAAAUGGAACGUAAAUUGAGAUAUUUGGAAAAGGAAAUCAAAAAGGAUGGCAUCCCCAUGUUAGACACAGGAGAAAGUCCAGAAGCACCCCAGCCCAGAGAAAUGAUUGAUUUGGAGGCAACCUUUGAAAAAUUGGAAAAUGAAUUACGCGAAGUCAAUCAAAAUGCUGAGGCCUUGAAACGCAAUUUCCUGGAGUUGACGGAAUUGAAACAUAUUCUACGUAAAACUCAAGUUUUCUUUGAUGAGCAAGAAGGUGGUCUCAAUACCACAACCGAAUCGAUGACACGUGCCUUAAUAACCGAUGAAGUACGCACUGGUCAUUCCAUGGGUCCCGUACAAUUAGGAUUUAUGGAAAAAUCAAACGAGCGUGAAGAUUAUUAUCCAUGUUUUGUGGCUGGCGUUAUAUCACGAGAGAAAUUGCCGGCUUUUGAGCGUAUGUUAUGGCGUGCUUGCCGUGGCAAUGUUUUCCUAAGACAAGCCAUGAUUGAAUCUCCUUUGGAGGAUCCAUCAAAUGGCGAUCAAGUCUACAAGUCGGUGUUCAUCAUCUUCUUCCAAGGUGAUCAAUUGAAAACACGUGUCAAGAAGAUCUGUGAAGGUUUCCGGGCAACUCUCUAUCCCUGUCCCGAGGCACCAGCCGAUCGUCGUGAAAUGGCAAUGGGUGUAAUGACACGCAUUGAAGAUUUGAACACGGUUUUGGGCCAAACUCAAGAUCAUCGUCACCGUGUUUUGGUGGCAGCUGCUAAAAAUUUGAAAAAUUGGUUUGUCAAGGUUCGCAAAAUCAAGGCCAUUUAUCAUACACUGAACCUCUUCAAUUUGGAUGUAACACAAAAGUGUUUGAUUGCCGAGUGUUGGGUGCCCGUACUGGACAUUGAGACCAUUCAGCUGGCAUUGCGUCGUGGUACCGAGAGAUCGGGUUCUUCUGUACCGCCUAUUUUGAAUCGCAUGCAGACAUUUGAAAAUCCCCCCACCUAUAAUCGCACCAAUAAAUUUACCAAAGCUUUUCAGGCUCUAAUCGAUGCCUAUGGUGUGGCCACGUAUCGCGAAAUGAAUCCAGCUCCGUAUACCAUUAUUACGUUCCCGUUUUUGUUUGCCGUGAUGUUUGGUGAUUUGGGCCAUGGUGCCAUUAUGGCCCUGUUCGGUCUGUGGAUGAUACGCAAGGAAAAAGGCUUGGCAGCCCAAAAGACGGACAAUGAAAUUUGGAAUAUCUUUUUUGGCGGUCGUUACAUUAUCUUCUUAAUGGGUGUAUUCUCCAUGUAUACGGGUCUAAUUUACAAUGACAUCUUUUCGAAAUCCCUCAACAUAUUUGGCUCACAUUGGGAGGUGAAUUACAACAAGUCGACGGUAUUGGAAAAUAAAUAUCUACAAUUGAAUCCGGAGACAAGCGAUUAUUUGGGUACACCGUACCCGUUCGGCAUGGAUCCCAUAUGGCAGGUGGCCGGAGCCAAUAAGAUUAUAUUCCAGAAUGCGUACAAAAUGAAAAUUUCCAUUAUAUUCGGUGUGAUCCAUAUGAUCUUUGGUGUCGCCAUGUCCUACCACAACCACACAUAUUUCAAGAAUCGUUUGUCACUGAUCUUUGAGUUUAUUCCUCAAUUGAUUUUCUUGUUGUUUUUGUUCUUCUACAUGGUUUUGUUGAUGUUCAUUAAAUGGAAUCGCUAUGCUGCUACCAAUAAACGUAAGUUGUGGAGGAAUUGUUUUUUGGUUAUUUUAAUACAUUUAUUUUUAUCUGCAGCACCUUAUUCGGCUUCUUGUGCUCCAUCGAUUUUGAUUACAUUCAUUGACAUGGUCUUGUUUAAUACUCCGAAACCGGUUCCGGAGGGUUGUGAAGUUUAUAUGUUUGGCGGCCAGCAUUUCUUCCAGGUGGUUUUCGUACUUGUGGCAUUGUCUUGCAUUCCUGUUAUGCUCUUGGGCAAACCCCUGCAGAUAAUGAAGCAACGCAAACAUGCCAAUGUCCAACCAAUAACCGGUAGUGAUGCUGAAGUUGGUAUGUCUAACGGGCAACCAGCUGCCCAUGGUGCUGGUGGUCACCACGAUGAGGAAGAAAUGUCGGAAAUAUUCAUCCAUCAAGGAAUUCAUACCAUUGAAUAUGUCCUCGGCUCUGUCUCACACACUGCAUCCUAUUUGCGUUUGUGGGCCUUGUCGCUGGCUCAUGCCCAACUUGCUGAAGUCUUGUGGAACAUGGUAUUGUCGAUUGGCUUGAAACAGGAAGGCUGGUUCGGAGGCAUUAUGCUGACAAUUGUGUUUGCUUUCUGGGCUAUUUUGACUGUUGGCAUUUUAGUGCUGAUGGAAGGUUUAUCAGCAUUUUUGCAUACAUUACGUUUGCAUUGGGUUGAGUUCCAAAGUAAAUUUUACCAAGGAACCGGCUAUGCAUUCCAACCCUUCUCAUUCGAUGCCAUCAUUGAGAAUGGCAGUGCUGCCAGUUCAGCAGAAAAUGAGUAAAUUGAAAAAAUUAAUAAAAACACCGAUAAACAAAUAAUAAUUGAAAGUUGAAACCAAUAAUUAUAUUACAACAACUUAUACAAGAGCAGUAACUACACACAUAUAUACAACAAUAUAAUAUUAUUAUUAGUAUGAUAUAGCAAACUUUGAGUCUCAUAUAUAAUCUUUAAAACAAAAAAACAAAAGAAAAACAAAUAUUCAAUGAAUUUAUUACAAAUACAUAAAGAAGAAUUUAUAGUAGCUAAAUGAAAACACAAACUCUUUAAUGUUAAAUGUUUACUUCAUAAAAUAAAAGAUUAACAAAUUUAUAUAAAUAUCCAUCUCUAUGGUAUCUAGAUAUAUUGUAUUCGUAAUUAUCUUUAACAAAA